AUGAUAUCCGCAGGCCUUCAUCUUGGAAACCUCGCUUUGGCGCUUCCUGACCGUCAUGAAUACAGUGAAGCUGAGCUGUUGAAUUUCUUCAGUGGCAUGGAAGCGACUGUCCUUCUAGCCUUAGACCCGGCAGACCAGACGGAUUCCCUGCCCUCUUACGUGCUUCUUCCUAUAGAUCUGGCAGAACUUGUAUUAAAGGAGAUCCGCGUGUCAACGAGCGACGAGUUAUGCGUGAAGAUCACCGAUUUUGGAAAUGCUUUUCGGCAGGGGGAUCUAGGCGGACAUCUGGUCGAUGGGCUGCACGGUCUGUACGGCGCCAACCAUCUCCAUAUCAUUUCUAACAUGUCUCAACUCCAGACAUACGACAUGAUCUGGGGCGAGGCGUUCUUUACCAUAUGA